UCCACUUCUUCUCCACUAUUUCCGCUCUGAUUUUAUUUGUCGCCGGUUAAUGCUCCCGUCGGUGCACCGUCGACUGUCGAUCCCUAUGUGAUUUAAGUUAUCCACACAUUGUUUAGCGUUGCUCAAAUGAUGGAACACAAGUCAUGGCUUUGGAAGAAAAAAUCGAUUGAGAAGACAAUGAUUGCAGCUGACAAGGUGAAUAGAGGGAAUGAAGAUGAGUUGCAGGGUAUUUUAGCUUAUGAAGCCGAACUGGAGAGGAAUUUGAAUGUUUCAAAUGAGAAUCUUUCGGCGGCACUUGCUGAGAUUAAUGCUAAAGAUGACAUUGCAAAGAAGCAAACAAACAUUGCACGAGAAGCCAUUCAAGGAUGGGAGAAGGCAGAAGCGGAAGUUUUAGCACUAAAGCAAGAACUAGAGAAAACUACACAGCAGGCAGUAGCGAGUGAGGAAAGACUACACGGUGUUGAUGCAGCCUUGAAGGAGUGUAUGCAGCAGCUACGUUUUGUUCGUGAAGAGCAAGAAAAAAGGAUUCAUGAUGCUGUUAUGAAGACGUCAAGAGAAUACGAAAAAGCAAGAAUACAUAUAGAGGAAAAAUUAUCGGAGUCCAAUAAAAGACUUUCCAAACUAAGUUCCGAGAAUACCCAAUUGACCAAGGCUCUUUUAGCAAAGGAAAAAAUGAUUGCUGAAUUACACGCAGCCAGCGCUCAGGUGGAUUCUGAUCUAAGUGCCAUUAUGAGUAGAUUGGAGACAACGCAAAGAGACAAUGCUUCUUUAAGUUAUGAGGUCCGAGUGCUCGAGAAGGAGCUUGAGAUCAGGAAUGAAGAGAGAGAUUUCAAUCGACGAACAGCAGAAGUGGCACAUAAACAAUAUCUCGAGAGUGUCAAGAAGAUCGCAAAGCUGGAAACGGAGGCACAAAGGCUACGUUUGCUUGUUAGAAAACGGCUGCCCGGCCCUGCUGCCCUCGCAAAGAUGAAGAAUGAAGUUGAAAUGCUGGGAAAAGAUCCGAUUGAAACCACGAGAAGAAGGUCAAACCCUUUUCCCAUUGCUUUAAAGGAUUCUUCCUUUGACACAUCUGGAAAACAGAUUAACUUUUUAACCGAGCAGUUGUGUGCACUUGAAGAAGAGAACAGAGUUCUCAAGGAAUUCCUUAACCGAAAAACAAAUGAACCGUCGAAAAUUCAAUUUUCAAUUCCUGCUUCAUCCUCAGACAUAGGUAGUGACGAAAAGGCUAGUAUGGCUGAAUCUUGGGCACCAUCUUGCAAAACUGUUGGAGCUUCAGAUAUCGGUCUGAUGGACGAUUUUGUCGAGAUGGAAAAGUUGGCAAUAGUUUCAGUUGACAAGCCAUUUACAAGUACUACUAAUCUUGUUUUGGAAAAUCACUCAGAUUGGCUCGAGAAUAUACUGAAAGUCAUCUCGGAUCAUUCUAGAAUAACACAAAGACAAUGUAGUGACAUAGUGGCAGAUAUCACAGCAGCUCUGACACAAAAAAGUGACGAAAAUCAAGCCCUGGAAAAAUCUUUAGUUGAAACCUCAUUGACCAAACUGAGCAACGAAGUGUUCGAUUCUGAUAUGAACAGAUCAAUGGAGAGGCUAAUUGAACUUAUUGAAGGCAUCAGAUUAUCUGGGAAGGAAGAUAGUUCGUCUCCAUAUAAAACUUCAGAAACACCCACAGGCUACACGGUCCGUGUCCUCCAAUGGAAGACUUCUGAGCUCGGUGCAAUUUUGGAGACUUUUCUUCAAAGCUGUACUAAUUUGCUAAACGGGAAGGCAGAAAUGGAGAAUUUUGCUAAAGAGCUGACCUCAACACUAGAAUGGAUCGUGAACCACUGUUUUUCGCUUCAAGAUGUCUCGAGCAUGAGGAAUGAAAUGGAUAAACACUUUGAUUGGGAUGAAACACGCAGCGAGAGUGAAGUUCGUAUGUCGGAAACCUAUAAGUUGCAAUCAAGGGAAGAAAGUAAGAAACUGAAAGAUGAUCUGGAAAGUAUGGAAUCUGCAAAAAUGGAUUUGGAACGUAAACUGCAAUCAGAAAUUUCUAAGAACGAGUCUUUGGUUAUUCAACUUCAAGAAUCAGAGAGAACGAUUGAAAGUCUGCAAACGGAGGUAGAAUCUCUAAAGCAACAGAAGGAUAUGAUCGAAGAUCAAAUAGAAGGAGAAAUGAAGGGUAAAGAAGAUCUUGAUGAACAACUUAUCGAGGCCAUCGGUGAGUAUAGUGAGGUUCGUGAAUUAUCUACAUCAAUUGAUCAGGAGCAGCGAGAUCACAACAGAUGCUCUAGUGAAGGACCAGAGUCCAGAAAUCUCGAUGAAUACGUCCUGCCAGAGAGCAUGACAGAAAAGGGUAUACAAAAUUGCGAGUUGAACGAUGAUGAAAAGAAGCUUCAAAGUGAACGCGAAAUAAUAGCAGCUUCGGAAAAGUUAGCGGAAUGCCAAGAAACCAUUUUAAACCUUGGAAAACAGUUGAAGGCAUUGGCUUCUCCAAGAAACGCAUCCGUCCCCGAUCGCGUUAUCUGCAACCCAACUUUCGUAGCUCCGUCAUCAUCACCCGUACCCAACAACAAAACAAACCAUCAACGAAUCUCUCUGCUCGACAAAAUGAUGGCCGAGGAUGCAGCAGGUGCUCAACAACCCACAAAGCCUAAAGAGAUUACUCGAACCAUAACAUCACCGGCCAUCGUGAUGGAUGGUAAUAACUCAAAAAAUGUGAAAGCUCCACAGAGGUUUUUAAGUGUAAAUGGAAUCAAACAUCAAGAAGAAGAAGAAGCUCUGGUAAAUUUCUUGUCUGUUGUUCCAAAUAAGAAGAAGAAAGGUGGAAUGCUGAGGAAACUGCUGUGGAGAAGGAAAAAGAGUAACAAGUAAA